UGUCGGAAAUCCUGGUACGUCGUACGUGACGCUCUACGUCACCAACAGUCUGAGGGGCGGGGCUGCCGAACGAACAAAACGAAACGGAGGACCCUGCAGACGUCUCCUCUUAAAGUGUUCUUUUUUCCGUUCCCCGAAAGCGAAAGGCAGGUUUUCUGGAAUGCCGAUUCGCCGAGCAGCAGCGACUCCAUCACAGGAGAAGGCCCCCGCCGCGGCUGUAGACAAAGAGCCAGAAGCCUCAGAGGAGUCUCCUCCCGCUGAGGAGGAGGAGCAGGCGGAAGCUGCAGCCGCACCGGCGGACGGGGACGAGGAGCAGCAAGCUGCUGAUGAGGAGCCCACGGAGAACGGGGACAAGGCGGAGGAAGGAGCCCCCGACGAGGAGGGAGAUGAGGGCAAGUCCAAGAAAGAUGACAAAUGCAAGGACUGCGCGGCUGGACAGUGCUCCAAACACUGCUAUGUUCUCCUACUAAGGAUGAAGGACGGCUACAAGUACAAGAAGUCCAAAACCAAGAAGGUGAAGCGGACGAUCCCUUUGUGGGCUAGCGUCACCACACACAAAAAUGUUCCCGUUACCAACUUUGCAGGAACGCAGCACAGAAUGGAUAACAUCCUGAUUGAGGCGUUGAGGGCGUCCAGUGACAAGUCCGGGGUUUCCUUCAGGUCUCUCAUGAAAUAUCUGCUCAAUAAACACCCAGGCAUGGAGCUCAGCAAGAAGACCUUCUUCAUCAAGAAAGCUCUGAAGAAGCACCUGGAGAAAGGAACCAUCAAGCAGCUGAAAGGGAAAGGCCUAUCGGGGUCCUUCGUCAUCGGAAAGCAGCCCACCCCCCCAAAGAAACCUGUGAAUAAGCUGGAGAGUCUGGGAGACGCUCUUCCUCUCAUCAUCACGCAGCUCUGCGAGCCCAAAGAGGCGUCCUACAACCUGAUCAAGAAGUACCUGGAGCAGCACUUCCCCAGCUUCAACAUCGAGAACAAACCUGAAGCUCUGAAGAUGGCUCUGGUGAAAGCAGUGGAGAGGGGUCUUUUGGAGCAGAUCACUGGAACAGGAGCUCGGGGGACGUUCCAGCUGAAGCGCGGUGGAAACAAGCCUCAGGUGAAGGGCAGCGUGCUGGAAGAAGCCAUCACUGCUGCCAUCACGGCCAUGAACGAACCCAAAACCUGCAGCACCACGCUGCUGCGCAAAUACCUGCUGGAUUCUCACAAAGACAUGAAGGAGCACCACCUGAUGGCCACUCUUCGGAGAACCCUGAAGAAGUGUAAAGUUCUGGGCUGGAUGGAGCAGAUCACAGGUCACGGCUUCACUGGGACCUACCAGCUCUCAUUCCCGUAUUAUCCCAGUCCCAACACUCUGUUCCCGGACAAGUUCAAGGAGCCGGAGAAGACCCCAACCAAACGCCGGAGGACGGUUGACUCGUCGGAUGAGGAGGAAGAAUCUGAGGAAGAGGAAGAUUCAUCUGAGGAUGAAGCCCCGCCUCCAAAGAGGGCUCAGAAGAGGCCUCCGCCCAAGGUACGCCGCCCCCCUCCUGCCAAGAAAGCUCGAAGCAGCGGCCCGGCGAGAGGUCGGGGGAAGGCCAUCGCCAAGAAGUCUCCAGCCAAAAAAGCUCCGCCUCCAGCCAAGAAAGCCGGACGGAAACAGCCGGCCAUUAAAAAGGAGCCAGCGGACCCAAAAGAAACGCCUGUGAAGAGGGGCGCGCCCCCAAGAAAGCCCAAAACGCCUGCAGUCAAAAAGCUUAGCGCCAGGGGAGCCAAGAGACCCCAGCUCAAGGAAUCGACCCCAGAGACGGAUGAGAAGACGACGAAGAGCCGCUCCCGGGGCUCCAAAUCUGAGGAGUCGUCUCCUGAGGAGCCUGCAGCUAAAAAGCAGCCGGCCAAAGGCUCCAACAGACGCUCCGAGCCCAAGAAGACGCCCCCUACAGAGCGCCAGGGCAAAACGGGGGCAAAAAGCAGCAAACAGCCCGCCCGACAGUCCAAACGGGGUCGGCGCUGAGGCCGGGACCGCCUUCCGCAGACCUCCCGUCUCCGUCUCCUCCUUCCCUCCUGUACUGAAGGGGCAGUAGAUUUUGUUUUUUCUAUCGUAAAGUUAGAGCGUUUUCUGCCAGUUCCAUUAGCUGCGUCUGAGCGUUUCCUGAAGCUCCUCCUUCUUCUUCAUGAAGCCUCGGACCAACUCGGUGAGGGCUGCAGCCGCCGGCCUCCCAAUCUAAAGGAGAACUGCGCCGUGACUCCUCUUUUUCUAGGUUCCUCCUUCUCUUUGUACUCGGCACACUCGGCUUUCAAAGUUUCAAUUUUUUUCAGUUACAGCAUCUAUUUUUCAAGUUUUCAAUCAGUUUUUUCGUUCACUUUAAGCUGAUCCUGAUUUGACCCCACAUCGGCCGCUCCCAUCGUCGCCCCGAUGCUUAAACCACCUCAGACCAGCCGUACGUCUCUGACUCUGAAGUGUUACAGUUUUUUUACGUCACUAAAUAAACAAUCGUCUUUUUAAGUCCUGAAGUGUUAAACAGGAUCCGAACGUGUUCCUAAGGUUCCAUUAAAGGAAAAAGUAUGUAAGUAGACAUUUCAUCAACCGAUUUUAUUCUCCACAGUUGUACCAAAUCUGCAAAACGUGUUUGUGAAAAAGAACCAGGAUGACGAUAGCUCUCAAGUACCCUGCAUGCAUGUAUCCCUUGUGUUGUUAAAGCUCUUUUUCCAAGUCAUUAAUAAAAUGGCUAUAUUUGUA